UGUUCAGACGAAAUUAUUGGAAACUAACAUAAUUAAAAAAAAUCUAAAAUGUCACUUGACCAAGAGAAAAACGGAUCAAAUUAAAUACAUACCGUACAUUAGAAAUUUUAGCAAUGAUUUAAGGGUUUGGUGCAACGAAAAAAUAGCUAACAUCCACACACGAUGUUAAAUAAGGGGGAAAAUAUAAUCUUAGACAAAAAUACACCAAGAUAAGAAAAACAAAAUUUAUGAGCAUUAUUGCUGUAGCUCUCUAUCCAUAGAACACUUAUUUUUUAAUAUUUUUCGAAUACAAUACUGUAUUUCAGUAUUCUCGUUCAAAUGUUUUUUUAAAUUGUAUGUUUUCUCGUAUGGUUAUUUUCAAUAACAUGUUUGUAGUAUUCUAAAUUUUAGAUUUUAUUUUCUAAUAUUUGACUUUUUUUACUGAUAUGCUUCAGGUGAAAUCCUUUACUCCAGUAUUCACCCGUAAUACGCCAAACUAACACUAGAUGUCGACAACUUGUUACUUUUGGGCCAAACUGGGAAAAACUUAUUUUUGUUCACUUGUAGCAUCAGCUGUUGCUGAAUUAAACCCUUACUUGUUUCUUCAAGUACAUGUACACGUAUUAUAGUUGAUAGAAUGAAGGCAUUUGCAGAAAAUGUUAUGCAAACUAGCCUCUUCGCGCUCUUCUUCGCUUAAACCGCCACGGAAGCCACGAAGAAGAACGUCCACGCAGGGCGUGGUGGGACAGCACUGUUCUCCGGUGGAGGACUCAUUUGAGCAGCCAAGCGCCCGGGUUUGGCUUGGCUGACGGCUGACUGGGGCUAGCUAGUGGCGCUAGAAGAUGCCUAGGCCAGUGUCUCAAACCAACAACACGGCGCUGUUCGUCCUUUAGUCGUCGUCGGUGGCGGCGUUCAGGUCGCCCUCGCCGGCCGCGGUGGUUCCCGUCGUCGUCCGCUCAAGCAAGCCAUGGGCUCGCAGACCCUCCAGAUCCUCAGGCAGGGGGUCUGGGCUUCAAUCACCGGCGGGUGGUACUACGACCCCGACCAGAAUACGUUCGUCAACGCGCUCCAUCUUUACAUCUGGCUCUUUUUGCUAUGCUUCCCCUUCACGCUGUACAUGGCGCUGCCGCCCACCAUGGUCAUUGUGGGCAUCUACUGCGGUGUGAUCGCCGCCAUGUUCCUGCUACUCAAGACGGUCAACUACCGCUUGCACCACGCCUUGGACGAGGGCGAGGUGGUAGAACUGCAGGCCAAGAAGUCGCAGGGCGGCCGAGGUGGAGCCGAGGUUAUGCGCGACGUUGGCGCUACCCGACGGCAGGACAGCAAUGGCCCCGGAGACCCCGGAGGGGGGAUCGAGAUGGCCGACUUUAUCAGGCAAGAGACGCCGCCAGUGGACUGCAGCUCGCGGAACUCUUACAUUGGGAUGGAGCAGCAGACGGCGUCCACCCUCGGCAGAGCGACGGGAGCCAAAGAUGUGGGAAAGACGUCAGACGACUUCAGCCUGACUCUGGUGGAAAGCUGCAGUCACGAUCACGAUCUGCUGUCCGACACAAAGAUGUACUGCCUGGUUCCCAACGACUCCUUCGCGUCCCUGCAGCCCUCCACCUCCUUGUGUCCGUCCGAGCUGUCGCGAGAACACGUCGAGCUCUGCAACGUGGCCGCGUACCACUGCAGCCUGUCGCACGAGGAAGCCACCCCCCACGUGUCCUCGCAGUCGCAGACUUUUAGGAAAGAGCCCCGUUCGCGGGGCCUGCCUCGGACCUCCAGCUCGGCAGGGUCCGCCUUCCCCGACCCGGGCCUGCCGGACUUUGCGCUCUAUCCGCCACCCAGGAGAGGGGGCUUGGAUCCCGUGUGCGAGCUCGAAGCCGCCAGGCCGCGGCGGGAGGCGGCCGAGCGGCUCUACCAGCAGGACCAAGCGGUGGCCUCCACCUCGGGGCUCGAAUGUUACAAGCACAAAGACCCGCGCAGGGUAUCCCGCUCCGUCUCCAGGGAAGCCGGAGAGGGCGGCUCAGGUUUAUACCAAGCGGACGCAGCCGGCGGCCGGAAGGGCCGCAACGCCGGGAGAAAGUCGCGACGCGGCGAGCGCAGCGCCGAGAGCCUGCGCAGCCUGAGCACGCGCAGCAGCGGCUCCACCGAGAGCUACUGCAGCGGCACCGACCGCGACACCAACAGCACCGUUAGCAGCUUCCACAGCGAGCAGACCAGCUCCACGCACGUGGAGAGCCUACCGUCACUUUCGGGGGACGAGCGCUUGCGGGAGCGGGUCGACGCGCCACCCGCCCACGCCGACAACGGCACGUGUUCCCGGCCGGUCGGCGGCCUUCCCUCCAGGGAGGCCAACAAGAACCCACACGCUAACGAGCUGACGGCUAACCAGCCGGGGACCGCCGUGUCUUCUGGACCCCACGAGCUCACCGAAGGCAGCGGGAUUCUAGAAGGCCCGGGCGCCAGGACCGGUGCCGAUGGCUCGGUGGAACCGGUCGCCUCGGACCGGCUUGAGUCUGGCAACCUCGUUCAAAGGACUUGCUCGUUGUCCACCGGCCGCAGCGGGCGGCGGCGGGCGGGCAAGAAACGGGCGAGCAGUUUCGACGCCAGCCGCCAUCGGGACUACAUGUCGCCGCGCGGGUUGGCCAAGCCUUGCAGCGCCGUGUUCACCGGGGGCGGCGGAGAGGAGGACUCGAGCGACCACAGCGAGCUGAGCUGCGCCUCCAGCCUCCCCUCCGCCCGACACCUGAGCACGGACAGCUCGUCCAGCGCCACCUCGCGCUCCUGCCACUCACCCGAGGGGCGCUACGGGGCGCUCAAAGCCAAGCAGACCGCAGCCGGCGCCGCCUCGGAGGCGGGAGGGACGCGGCGCUCUUCCCGGCGUACCCCGAGCACGGGCAGCGCCAAGACGCACGCCCGGGUGUUGAGCUUGGACAGUGGCACCGCCGCCUGCCUUAACGACCCCACGCGCCUCGGAGCUCCCGCCGGGCCGCGGCCCCUGACCACCUCCAAAUCCGACCUGGAAGCCAAAGAAGGGGAGGUCCUGGACGCCGCGUCCCUGCUGGGUCGGGCUUCCCAUCUGGAGUCGGUGACGCGCUCCAGGAACAGUCUGCCCAGCCAGGCCGUGUUCUCGGAGGCUCAGGACGCCGUCGUCGCUUGCCUGCGGGCCCCCGGCAGCGAGGAGACGGUGGUAUUCCGCCGCGAGCGCAGCACGUUUCGCCGGCAGGCGGUGCGACGGCGGCACAACGCGGGCAGUAACCCCACGCCGCCAUCGUCCCUCAUUGGCUCUCCCCUCAGUCUCCAAGAGGCGCUCAGCCAGGCCUCGCAGCCUCCCGCCUGCCAAGAAAAAUCCACUCAGCCGUCUCGCACCGCCUCCCAGGUGACGGUGCUGAGUGCCAGCGCCUCCCUGCUGGCCAGGAAUGGAAGCGCGCACCUGGACGGCUCUCAGGACAAGGCCUCGACGGUCGGCACCAGCAGCCUCCAGGACGACUUUGGAAAACUCACACCCUCCUUGUAUGAGGCUGUCGGGUGCGACAUGUCCCUGGUCAAUUUUGAGCCCGCCACCAGACGAGCCUCCAAUAACAUUUGGGACACAGACUCCCACCUCUCCAGUUCUACCUCAGUUCGCUUCUACCCUCAUGACCUGCUCUCCCUCCCUCAGAUCCGCCUGAACCGCCUGCUCACCAUGGACCCGGAGCUGCUAGAGCAGCAGGACGCCGACCUUAGCCCUGACCUCCAUGCUGUGCCACUGGGACCUGACGACCCGGCGGCAGCGGCUGCCGCCGGCAAAGCGAAGCAGUACUACCGCCUUUGGCUCAUGCCUUACCUUUGGGUGGGGCUGCACUUUGACCGCCUCACUCUGUUGGCGCUGUUCGACCGGAACCGGGAAGUUCUGGAGAACGUGCUGGCUGUGGUGCUGGCCGUCCUCGUGGCCUUCCUGGGCUCGGUGCUUCUGGUGCAGGGCUUCUUCACUGACAUCUGGGUCUUUCAAUUUUGCCUCGUCAUCGCCAGCUGCCAGUAUUCUUUGCUCAAGAGCGUUCAACCAGACUCCUCCUCUCCCCGUCAUGGCCACAAUCGCAUCAUCGCCUACAGCCGUCCCGUGUAUUUCUGCCUCUGCUGCGGUCUUAUUUGGCUGCUGCACUACACCAGCUUGAGGACCAGCUCGUCCCGCUUCACGCUGUACGGCGUCGCUCUCACCAGCUCACUCAUCCUGGCCUCUGCGAGGGACCUCGUCAUAAUGUUCACUCUGUGUUUCCCCAUCAUCUUCUUCGUGGGCCUACUGCCACAAGUCAACACCUUUGUCAUGUACCUCUUUGAGCAGCUGGACAUCCACGUCUUUGGGGGCAACGCCUGCACCAGCCUGCUGUCGUCACUUUACAGCGUCCUCCGUAGCGUGCUGACCGUAGCUCUGCUGUACGGCUUCUGCUACGGCGCGCUCAAGGAGAACUGGGAGCCCCAUCACAUCCCUGUGCUCUUCUCCAUCUUCUGCGGUCUGCUGGUGGCCGUGUCGUACCACCUGAGUCGGCAAAGCAGCGACCCUUCUGUACUCAUCUCACUGAUACAGUCGAAGAUUUUGCCCAAUCUGCGAGACAGCGACCCUGAGGACCCCUUGUCGGAAGUGCAGGACCCUCUGCCCGAGAAGCUGAGGGCCUCAGUGAACGAGCGUCUGCAGUCCGACUUGAUCGUCUGCGUGGUCAUCGCCGUGCUCUACUUCGCCAUCCACGUCAGCACCGUCUUCAUCGCCCUUCAGCCCUUCCUGAGCUACGUGCUGUAUGCGCUGCUGGGCGCGGUGGGGCUGCUCACCCACUACCUGCUUCCCCAGGUGCGCAAGCAGCUACCCUGGUACUGCUUCUCGCACCCGCUGCUCAAGACCAAGGAGUAUUACCAGUUUGAAGUCAGGGACGCGGCUCACGUGAUGUGGUUCGAGAAGCUCCACGUGUGGCUGCUCUUCGUGGAGCGCAACAUCCUCUACCCGCUGGUCAUCCUCAACGAGUUGAGCGGCAGCGCCAGAGAGCUCGCCAGCCCCAAACGACUGGACACCGAGGUGGGCGCGCUGAUGAUCACAGUGGCGGGCCUGAAGCUGCUGCGCUCGUGCUACAGCAGCCCCACCUACCAGUACAUCACCGUCCUGUUUACCGUGCUCUUCUUCACCUUUGACUAUCGGCACAUGUCGGAGACUCUGCUACUGGAUCUCUUCCUCAUGUCCAUCGUCUUCAGCAAGCUGUGGGAGCUGUUCUACAAGCUGCACUUUGUCUACACCUACAUCGCACCCUGGCAGAUCACAUGGGGAUCAGCCUUUCACGCCUUCGCUCAGCCCUUUGCCGUGCCUCACUCAGCUAUGCUCUUCGUCCAGGCCCUGGUAUCAGCUGUCUUCUCCACCCCACUCAACCCUUUCCUGGGCAGCGCCAUCUUCAUCACAUCUUACGUCCGGCCCGUCAAAUUUUGGGAGCGCGACUAUAACACCAAAAGAGUCGAUCACUCCAACACCCGGCUGGCCUCACAGCUAGACAGAAAUCCAGGCUCGGAUGACAACAACCUUAACUCCAUCUUUUAUGAACACCUGACGCGCUCGCUGCAGCACAGCCUGUGCGGCGACCUGCUUCUGGGCCGCUGGGGCAACUUCAGUACUGGCGACUGCUUCAUCCUGGCCUCCGACUACCUCAACGCCCUGGUUCACUUGGUGGAGAUCGGUAACGGCCUGGUCACCUUCCAGCUCCGAGGGCUUGAGUUCCGAGGUACCUACUGCCAGCAGAGGGAGGUAGAGGCCAUCACCGAGGGCGUGGAGGAGGACGAGGGCUGCUGCUGCUGCGAGCCGGGCCACCUUCCGCACGUCCUGUCCUUCAACGCUGCCUUUGGCCAGCGUUGGCUGGCCUGGGAGGUGCUGGUCACCAAGUACGUGCUGGAGGGCUACAGCAUCACCGACAACAGCGCCGCGUCCAUGCUACAAGUUUUCGACCUGCGACGCAUUCUCACUACCUAUUACGUGAAGGGUAUCAUCUACUACGUGGUCGCCUCGCCCAAGCUGGAGGAGUGGCUGUCCAACGAGACCAUGAAAGAGGGUCUGCGGGCAUGCAGCGAGAGGAACUACGUGGACCUGGAUCCCACCUUCAAUCCCAACAUCGACGAGGAUUACGACCACCGGCUGGCUGGCGUCUCCAGGGACAGUUUUUGCAGUGUUUACCUGGGCUGGAUCCAGUACUGCAACUCUCGCAGGGACAAGCCUCUGGACAACGAGAGAGACUCUCCUCUGGUGCUGCUUUGCUUCGGCCUGUGCGUGCUGGGAAGGCGAGCGCUCGGAACGGCGGCUCAUCACAUGUCCAGCAACCUGGAGUCUUUCCUGUACGGGCUUCACGCUUUAUUUAAAGGAGACUUCCGCAUCUCUUCGGUGCGUGACGAGUGGAUAUUUGCCGACAUGGAACUUCUCAGGAAGGUGGUGGUGCCCGGCAUCCGAAUGUCCCUCAAACUUCACCAGGACCACUUCACCUCGCCCGAUGAGUACGAGGAGCCGACGGUGCUUUUCGAGGCCAUCGCGGCCCACCAGCGGAACCUGGUCAUCGCCCACGAGGGCGACCCGGCGUGGCGCAGCGCCGUGCUGUCCAACGCCCAGUCGCUGCUCGCCCUGCGCCACGUGCUGGACGAGGGCACGAAUGAGUACAAGAUCAUCAUGCUCAACCGCCGAUACCUCAGCUUCAGAGUCAUCAAGGUAAACAAAGAGUGCGUGCGGGGUCUGUGGGCGGGCCAGCAGCAGGAGCUGGUGUUCCUGCGGAACCGCAACCCGGAGCGCGGCAGCAUCCAGAACGCCAAGCAGGCGCUGCGCAACAUGAUCAACUCGUCAUGUGACCAGCCCAUCGGCUAUCCGAUCUACGUGUCGCCGCUCACCACCUCCUACUGCAACUCGCACCCGCAGCUGGGCCACAUCCUUGGCGGGCCCAUUAGCGUCGCCAACAUCCGCAACUUUGUGGUCAGCACUUGGCACAGGUUACGAAAAGGCUGCGGCGCAGGUUGUAACAGUGGAGGGAAUAUUGAGGAUUCUGACGUCGGCGGGAUGUCUUGCGGCAGCGGGAAUGGGACGGCGGCUGAUUCGCAGCAGAGCUCCAUGUCGCAGGGCGGCAAUUCCGGACCUGGCGGUCUUCACUCGUACCAGCCGCACGCGAUGGGCUCCAGUCAGAGUUCCCAGUCCGUCCAGUCCAGCCUAGUACGUCACUCCCCAGCCCGAGCAUCCGUGGCCAGCCAGUCCUCUUCGUACCGCUACGGCGGCAGCAGCCGCCACUCGUCGCUGCGCACGUCUGCCACGGGCCUGGAGACGUGCCGGCGCUCCUCCACCAGCCAGCUGUCCCUGCGCACGCUGCCCACCUCCCUGCAGCUGCGGCUGGGGCCCACUUCGGACUUGGCCGGCCCUUCGGCGUCGCUCUCCAGCCACAGCAUUCCACCGUGCAAACGGCACACGCUGGUGGGCCUCCUGGGGAACGACGGCCUCUGCGGCGUGGUGAUGGACCCCCUUGGCCAGCAUCACCACCACCACCAGCAGCAGCAGCACCUUCAUCAUCACCACCCGCAGCAUCACUAUCAUCACCCGCAGCAGCAUAACCCCGUCGUCUCCACUGUGCGCAGGGACGACAUCUCGUACAGAGUGCAGAUUGUGGACCCAAAUCAAGUGCUGGAGAACCUCAACAUGUCCAAGCGGAAGGAGGUGCAGUGGCCGGACGAGACGGUGAGACUGCGUGCAGGGCGGACCUGCUGGAGGGAAUGGAGCCCCCUGGAGGGCAUGGAAGGACAUGUGAUUCACCGGUGGGUGCCUUGUAGCCGCGAGCCGGCCAACCGCUCCCACAUAGACAAGACCAUCCUGCUGGUACAGGUGGACGACAAACUGGUGCCCAUCGUGGAGACGGGCGUCAUCGAACUGGGCGCCGAGGUUUGACGGGGGAGCCUCAAUGGCAAGCACACCAAAAGCAUCCACAGGACCUGGGAGCAGACAAAAUCUAAACGCAAUGCAAAAAGUGCAAGCUGAGGCAGGGUACGCUUUUUCAGGGCUUAUGCUAGCGGUCCAAAGCAUUGUGUGAUGUCGGGCAUCAAGUUGAUCACCGUCGACGUGAGCUGGCUGCGCGUGUUUUCGAAUUACGUGUGACAUCAAGUAAAGUGGUCGACUGCUAAGUUUAGCCGCUACUAUCGCUUGUUAACAAUGGUGGCGCUAAAAGCAAGGUAGUCGAUAACAGAAAGAGUAGAAGGACAUAUGUUUUCGACAUUAAAUGUGGCACUGCACAGUGUGGUUGACUACUAUCGAUAACCUCUGACUGCUAACUAGCCACUACCGUCACUGGCUUGACUUGUUAACGAUGGUUCAGCUCACGGCUAGUUAGCGUCAAAUGGGUACAUUUAAGCUAGAAUGUUUUUGACUGUAGGCGUGACAUCACACAAUGUGGUGGACUGCUAUACUGUAUAUCGUUAGCAGCUAGCUACUGGCCACUGUUAAUUGUGAGCAAUUGAUUGAUUGAGCAUGAUAUCAACUUCCUAUGUGGCAUCGCAAUAUGUGACAUUAGCAUGUUAUGGCUAAGUAGCUACUAUCGUCACUUGAAUUUUUCAUGACAGCACAAUGUGUAUGACAUCUGCUGUUUGUCACUAAUGGCCAACUAGACGUUAAUGGCCAAGUAGCGUGAUUUUUUUUUU